UAUGGAUAACAUAGAAUUUUAUACAAGUCCGUGGGACAUUACAAAAGUUUCAGACUUUAAAGUUGCCGUAACAUUUCCAAAUGAAAGAUUAAUCAGACUGAUAACAUUUUCAGGAGAUAUGAAAGUUUCAAGUAUCACCGAGAUGCCAGGAAAAGGUCUUUGCACUGGUAUUGCCUACAGGAAUCACUGUCUUGUGGUUUCAUAUUUGUAUCCAGGUAGUGUCAUGAUUCUAAGUAUGACAGGAACAAUACAGAAAACAUUUAAACAAGAUGAUAAUGGUCAGGAACUGUUUAUUACUCCUUGGCGCUUGAUUGUCAGUCCUGACAAUACUAUGAUAUAUGUUUCUGAUCCGAACAAACACACCGUGACCUGUUUGACAUUUGCUGGUAAGAAGAAGGCCAUUUACAUGGAUGAUGAUUUGAAAAUGCCUCGUCAACUUGCUAUUGAUGAUUAUGGAUCAGUAUAUGUGUGUGGAGCUGCUUCUGAUAAUAUCCAUCAAUUAUCGAGAUACCUCACUAAAGUGAAGAUCUUAAUAGAUAAAAAUGAUGGAUUAGAUAAACCAAGCAGUCUUGCAUAUUGCGCUUAUACCAAGGGAUUGUUAGUUGGGAUGCCAAAUAAAGUUAAAGUUUUCAAAGUGUUACAAGAAUAAACAAAAACAGACAUUGACAAAAAGACUCAUCACAAGCAUUUAUCCUACUGCUUUAUUGCAGUAGAAUAAGGGUCAUAAUCCUAAAUACACUUAACUGAAAUAUGACACAUGUAAUCUUCAUUUAUACAGAUUUUAUUUAACUUUGACUGUGAAGGAAGCUAUCACCUUAAAGACACACUGUAUUCCUUAAUCCACUCCUAAACUAAACCAUUAAUAAGCACAAAAUAUAAUAAUAAGUUUCAACGACUUGCCCCACAUGGAGUUUGACCUCAUGUGGCCAGCAAUCAUCAGAUAACUAGCUGAACCUGAUAAUAACAAAGCCAUACAACAUGAAAUCUUGAAAUGCAAUAUUCAGCUAGUACAUGAUAAAACAAGAAAUGAAAAUAUUGUUAACAUAUGUGUGUAAUUGCCUGCUAGUUUCAAUUGAUAGUAGUUCAUUUUUUUUACAUUUCUAUCUUUGUAAUUUUGCGUGUCUGCUUUCAAUAAAACAUCUGAUAUCUGUAAAUGUUUCAUACUUAUAAAAUGCAUAAACACAAAUAUAUGAUUAAAGA